AUGACGAAUGGUCUGUUCGCAUCCCGCGUAUGCAUUUUAGAUGAUAUUGAACUCCAAACCGCUAAGGAGAAUUGGGACUAUGCAAAGGAAGGUGUCAUAGUCUACGACGAAGAGUCAGAUGAGAAGGUUGUAAAGCAAGCCCUACUGACGGCAGUCGAGGGUAGGUAUUAUAUGUGACUAAUCAAACACUUUUUCUCUGAUUUUACUUUGACGACCAUCUCUAUCAUAUGGUUUGCAAAUUAUGAGUGUGUCAGCGGCAAAUACCCCUGGCGCCCGUUAACACACACACGACAGUUCGGCCGUCGUUGCCGAAGAUGUCUGCCGUGUGCUCCCCUGAAAAAUGAAACAGACACAGUAAAAUGUUGGACAGCGCAUCUACGCACGCACACACCAUGCUACCGUGGAUGUUAUAAUCAUCUGCUAGCCUAGUGGCCCUCUGUAACACGACCCAGUUCACUGCAUCCAUUUUUCGAGGUAUGUAAGUUGCGGGAAAACGCUUCGUACUCAUAUGGAAAAUUGCAUAUAUGGGACAAGGCGUCGGCAAUGGAUUUACGCCAAGCAAGAUUCUACCAUCUACCUCCAUCCCAUACGGCAAUUUUUCUUCUCAGCGCCACGGCUCACGAUCCAUCGUGCGUUUCGCAUUUAAGAAAUCAAUCUUAAACCGCACAUCAGUACUCUCUCCACGUACGCAAUUUAGAUGGCAUGGAACUUCGGCGUGCCCAGGAAGGUUGCGAGUGCGCUGAAGACGACGAGACUGUCCACAACGCACAGUUCUAUGAGGAGGCUGAAGAGGCAGUUACGUUGAGCACGGUCGAGGGUGGGCAUUAUCUACGAAUUAUCAUUUGGCCUUUUUCCGUUUUAUUAUUUAGAGGCUUCCGUAUCAUAUGGUUUGCAGUUAAUGAGAAUGUUAGAUAAUAUUUCUUUGCUGCCAAUGUAUAAUGGCUCACACACAUUGCCGUGGAAGUUGUAGAUGGCACUAAGGUACCAGUGGUGCUGGAAGGCCGGAUGGAGGCAGAGGAGGCCCCUGUCAUCCUACCGUCGAGGCAGGAUCCAGCCCAGAAAGAGCCACACAAAUGGAGAAUGUUGGCAGAAUGCGGUAGGUCAAUCUCUUGAUGUUUAAGGCACAGUUGUUCAUUGUCCAAAUGUCAGGUCUCAAGGUUGCUUCCCUGUCAUUAGCCCUACUGACAUUAUUUUAGCAAAUUAUAAGAUGGAGACGGCUCGCACAUGGGAAUCCGACGCAGUGGUAGGAGGAAUCUGUGUAUGAAGGCAUCAAUUCAUCAGAGGGAUUUGGCGCCCGGCAUAUUUGUUGAUAUUACCACCAAGAAAGCUUUCUGAUUUUAGAGUAAUUCUUAAGGUAGUUGUAGGUAAUGUCGCGAACAUACAUGUGCGAGAUAAGGCAAUAUUCUGUUGCGACAGUGCUUUUACUCAUUGUCAUGUCUGACGAUAAAUCGAGUGUUCUGCUGCGAAAAAUCAACCUACACUUAUUUGGCUUACAAUGUCACCUACCCGUACUCACUCACUCACCAUACGCAUUUUAGAUGACGUGGAACACAGGUGUGCCCAGGAACGUUGGGAGUGUGCUGACGAGGGCAGCGAGGUCCAUGCCACACAGUCGCAUGAGCAGGCCGAACACAAAGCCAAACUGGCCACGGUCCAGGGUAGGCAUUAUCUGCAAAUUGUCAAUCGGUCUUCCGUGUCAUAUGGCUUGCAGUUAAUAACAGGGUUAGGUGAAAUUUGUCCCAACACAUAUGUUCGAUGACCUCUCUCACACGCAAUCUCACUGUUGUAGAUGAUAUGGAUUUGCUGUUGGCGUCGGAAGGUCGAAGGGAGGCAGAGCACGCGUCCGUCGUCCUGCCGACCAUGACGCCAGCUCCGAUUGAGCACAAGUGGAGAAUGUCCGCGGCAAACGGUAGGUCAAUCUAUUAUCCACAGAUCAUACCUCAUUGUGCACUCACUGACAGCACUUUAACCAACGCAGACCAACUUCCCUCCAUUGAACUCUCCUUAAUGAAAGUCCGCGCCAAUGGCAGUUGUUUGACGAACUCGGCUAGAUCCGAAUCUUAAACAUAACAUGUAGAUUUCUCAGACUUCCCGACAUUAAUAUGACCCAAUGCAACUUACACUUUCGCACCAGAAAAUGGAAUAUGCAUGGUGUGCAUAGGUGGGCCCGGUGAUGUGUUCAUCAACUUGCAUUAUCUCAAUCAUGGGCGUUGAAAGACAGAUGUGUAUUUCUGGCAGAACUGGAACCACUCUUCUAGGUUGAAUACAUUCCUGAGUGUAGCAGUACAAAACAGAAGACAGACCGCUUCUCCAAUUGGGGUUAGCCUAAAAUUGGUACUGCAGUCUGGAUUAAUGCGUCCAGCGUCCCCAUUCUAUGACGUCCAAUUAAAGUCCAUAAGCCCACUUUACGAGUGAACUGCAACCGAUUUUCCAUUUCACUCCUUAACGCAACAACUAGGUUUCCGAUUUAAACAGCGUUUUGAAUUAAAUGCCCGAUGUCUCUUAGGUGACAACAACACGGAGGCCAUCUUCCCCGUCGUCUUCAGUGAUCCCCUCACCUGGUUGCCGGCUUGCGGCGACAAUCCAAUUUUAGUGGCGUCGACGGAUGCAACUGACGAAAUCGGUGAGUUGAUAUUUUGUCAAAAUUAAUUUGUACACUGAGACUCAGUAUUUUUUAGUAAGAAGAAUGUACCCCAACAGCCUGCGAGUCGUUAUAUGUGUUAUAUGCUAAGGUGCGAAGAAUUAGACAGGAUCGUUUCAACAAGAGCUUCAUUAACCUGACGUUGCGGAUUCUUACUGGAAUCCAUCAUCAGAGACAGAGUCAGAGAAGCGUACUAAAUUGCCCAGGUGUUACGAUGAUUACAGAAAUUAAUUGCCCGGCCGCUACAUACCGAUCACAUUUGGCAUCUCCCGAAUUAUUCGCGGAUCGACUGGCCAGGUGUUGAAGUAUGCAGUUGCUGCAAGUUCUCAAAACAGAGGCUAAGCUUUGCUAAAAUUCGAUAAUCAUCUGUGCGUCCCAUCACAUAUAUGCACUGAGGAAUUUCCAAGGCUGUUGACUGGGAUAUCAGCAGUUGUAGAUAGACAAUACACUAGCUGUCGCAUGUGGAGUUCUUGCGUAGAAAACGAUGUGUUUGUCAUCGAUGUUGCUAUUGUUCCUCAUGAUGACGAUGAUGAUGACGAUGAUGAUAAUGAUGAUGAUGAUGAUGACGACGACGACGACGACGACAAUGGAGAUAGAGCCCCGCAUGAUUUUCUGCGUCCCGACUUGGAAUACCUUUAUUCCAUUCUCAGUUUGCCAUCAUCACCACACCCAGCUUAUUAGAGACCUACAGACGCAAAAGGUCGUCGUGUUGGUCAGGUUCGUCUUCUUCGAAAAACACUGAAGAAUAUGCCAGAGGAAAAUGAGACAGGUGGAGCAUGAACACUUCGACUGACUUAGUGAGAUUCCAAGAGGAAUUCGUGAAAUGGAAUCUAGUCGCAACAUUGCAUUCCCAAAGUUUUCCCUCUGAUGAAUAAGACCUGUACGCUCACACGCUCGCCCGUAACGGGCAGAUGUUGAAGUGGAAGAUGACGUGUACACAACCACUUAGGCUGUUGCUUCCAUCGACCAAGCCAAACACAUUUAUCUAUCUCGUGAAGCCUAGCUGCAGAUGUGUAAUCAAGUCCUAUCCACGAGGGAUAAACUAAGACGCUAUCCAUUCAGCAAAUCUGAUUGUGCUUUCUUGCAGCACUGGCAGAAGACGGCAUACUAAAAAUCUUGUUGUCUUUCAAAGACCCACUAGGAGUCAAAGAUGUUGAUGUCCUACAUACGCCGCCGCCGUCGCCGCCGCCGCUGCCGCUGCCGCCGCCCUCUCUUCCCUCCACAAUCAGGCCUGAUAGUGACAUACAUACAUAAUGAAUGAGUCUCACAAGGCUCAGAUUCACUGACCAUUCCUCAGUCAAGGCAUGCAAUUUUCUCUCCUUCUCCUCCUCCCUUAGGACGUUCUCGCAAACGGCGGCGGCGGAGGAGGGUCAUUCGAUUGCUGCGAGGUCUCCUGUGUUGUGGCUAAGGCUUGCACACACACACACACUCUCUGAACAGACAACAUAUAUUCGGCAGAUGCUCUCAGUCUUAAUCAAGGAAAAUGUGACAGCCUAGAUGCUGAAUCAACACUGUUUCAAAAAUUGGAUUAACUAUCAGUCAUUCUAGAUCAACGCGCCUUGUCUUAUCAUGUGUAAGGAAGUUAGGAGUAUUUUGGCAUGUCCGAUCAGGCGAAUCAUGAAGCGCAGACCACCUUUCAUAUUCCUAGUCUGCAGUGUUGUCUGUGCAAAGAGUUUGUAUGCAGGCCUUAGCCACAACAAGGUACUGAUCGGCGCUGCAUGAUUCGCCUGAUCGGCCAUGCCACAAUACUCUUCACUUCCUUAGACAGGAUAAGAGAAUGCGGGGUGAUUUAGAACGGCCGCUAAUUAAUCCAAAUAUUGAAACUGUGUUGAUUCAGCAUGCAGGCUGUCACGUUUUCAUCGAUUAAGACUGCGACCAUCUACCGUAUGUAUGUAUAUAUGCAUAUGUAUUUUUAUGAUUGUUAAAUUGCGAUUUCAAAUAAAUGUUGCCUUUACAGUUUCAAACCUCAAUCUUCAUCUUAUUCGUCCGCAAACUGCGGUCGUUACCAAUAGUUGCUUUGACGUUGGCAAGUGAAGAAUAUAUGAUGUCGCCUUAGUCGAAUUCCUGCAGUAUCACUGGGAGUUAGUAUAAUAAUGAUUUGGAAAUGCACUUGGUGGGGUUUUAAUGUGACGGACGGGUGUGCAAUGUUACAUGAAUAUCUUACUUAAAUUGUGCCAGUAACAUAUUUGUUCGUGGAAAACGUUUUUACUGUGUGGAACUGCGAUAGGUGCGGCAGGGGGUCCUUUACAUGUACACAUGAAAUUUUAAGUGCGGUUAUAAACAGUGAGCACAAAGUGCAAUCAUUUGCGUGGUUUGCGGGCGAAAAUUUCAUUAAACGUGCAGAUAUGCGUUAGAUAGGGAUGCAGUGAGCAUCGUCGUUGGCGGCAAUGUCUCCAUCGCGUUUGUCGAUUUAACACGCAACCAGAAGGAUCCUCGUCUCUGGUCGAUUUGCAAUUUGACUGCCUAAAAAUAUGAUGGGCCUCCCAUACUGGCAGAAUGUCGAAAGCCAAAACGCCGAGAGGUGGUUGGGACAGGUAAUGGUUCUGGAAGGGGUGUCAACAAAGGCAAGGGAGGUUGGGAGGGCUAUAUUUGACUUAUUAGCCAUCACCUCUCAGCUAGCCGUAAUCCAUCGCACCCUUGCAGGACACGGGUUCCUGUGGUAACUGAGCGUUUUUAGGUCCAGGGUUCUAGCAUUCAACUACUAAGUGGUUGUCCUGUCACGCACAACAGGGCGAGCAUGUCUUUUAAUUUGAUCGGUGAAAGCCCAAAACAAGAUAGCUUCGUUUCUGUCUACAUUGUUUGGUGUUUCUUCCAUUUAGUUUGUCCCGACGCCAUGUCUGCCGCACCCAGCAGCUACGGCCAGCUGCGAAGUCGUCUAGAUUAACAGUCAAAUCGGUUGGGAGAAAACAGAUCGGCUUUAUUUUCACAACGGGUCUGACCUCAGGAUGACUACGUUGAGUGUGGAUCCUCAACAAUUCGUGCUAAUCUGAAGCCACUUCAACCUGCAGGUAGGCGUCAACCAGACCAAACUUGGCAUAGCAAGUGUUACUAUUCAACAGGGUGAACAGAUCAGCGGCGACCAACGGUGCAUAUUAAUAGCUGAGGCGUCGUCAAAUUGGCAUGACCCGUCCUGAUACUGUACCGUAACACGAACCGUAUGCACACGACAGUUCGACCGUCGAUUUCGACGAUGUCCACCGUGUGCCCCACAGACUGCAUUGUGGGAACAGGAACGGUGAUUUGCGCAGGGGUUUAUAGUGCGGGUAGACUUGUGCUGCAUCUACCUACACUCUCUCAUCCUCCCUCGCCCGAGCCCGGUGUCAAGACCAAGUCAAGAAGACCGGAGACGGGGGAGGCCGCAGGUGGAUGGCUCGGACGGAUCCUCGCCUUGGCGUUCCACUCCGCACCCCUGGUCCACACACAAAUGACCAGGAUUUUGACCGCAAAACAAUGGGGUGGUGGCAGCGGUCCAGUUGUGCGACGAAUCCCGACAACAGGGUCCGCCAGCGCACCUCGCAAAUCUUGAAAUUUGUUAUUGCGCACAGAUAACGCCUGCCAGAGUCCGAUGUGGCCCCUGUUUUGGUCCAGCGCAUCUAACACUUGGCCCGUUUGGAGGGCACACGCACACACACACACACAAACACACACUCUCUCACACACAAACACACGACCAUUGUCCCACAACACCAACAUGACAGAGAGACAAAACACUAUUGGUCAUGACAAAAUAUAAUAUCACUUAAAAGGGGGACCCCAAUUAAGUGUCAGUAGCCUGUGGAUCUUGUCAUAUGGGAUUAAUCUUGGGAUGCAUUUGCAGGGUCUUGCAGCAAUUACACUGCCAAUAACGAUUACUUCUCAAGACCUCAUACCUUAACUCAAAAUCCGUUAUUUUGUUGGAUUUACUUUUUGCUUAUUGUUUAAUUACUACUCUCAUUUACGUUAACGUACAAUAGCGUAGGAUAAGACAUAUGGCAUAAAUCCAGGCAAUUUCUAUGCUUACUUGCAUUUUGUCAGUUAACUGUCUAGCAUGCUCUCUCACCCAGAAAACUCCCUUUACUUUGAAGAAGAAGACAUGAUCGCCGAGACAAGAGCUUUCUUAACCUGACGUUUCGGAUUCCUGCUCGAAUCCAUCCUCAGAGACAAAAGCAGAUAAGGGUGGUUAAUGCAUAUGGGGCUGCAGUAUUUAUAGGAUGCAGUAGCCAUACUGCCGCAUGCCUUUGAAUAUUCACGGCUCCCCCCUUCAUCAGGGAUCGUUGCACGUGGCGUGACGGCCGACAUUCGCGCCGUUAAUUGCUGCAAUUUCAUCACGCGCGUUGGAUAUUGGUGUGAUGAUUGCUUGACCAUCUGACGCACUGGCCCUUGUGUUGGGACAAGUGUUCGCCUAUGCUCUCCCCGUGUGGCCAAUUAUUCCGCCUAGGCGAAGUAUCAGCACCGAGUAUGGAAGUGGAAGAUCAAUGCACUUGUUAAUGGACUGGGGGCCCGUAAGCCAUGACUCAAACAGCUCCCGGCUCACGCGGUUGUCACCUCUUGCGAGAAAUUCGGCCUCGGCACAUUUGAAUUUACCAUAAAUCACGUAUGGCGCGAUUUACAGUCUACUGACGGUUAAUUGGGGUCCUUCUCUAUAACGUUGCCCGUCCUCGUUAUUUUUUUUAGCAUCCCCUUCAGGUUAGCUAGACUUUCAUCCCAUCCGAUGCAAAAAGGAGGACUAGAAUUGUCGCGCAAUUUCUCUCAGACAGAGACCAAUCAGGUGCUAAGCAUGCACUUUGGUCGCAGCCACUGACGACACUCUGUCAAAACAGUGUAUGCGACACUCAGGUAUCCCGCAUGUGCAGCGAACGUGGGAUCGAAUGAUCCCACUUGAUCCCAUGUGAACACUCCCAACAAAAUCCCAAGCGCCAAGUCCGACUGGUCAAGGUGCAUGUCUUGACCUGGAUGAUUGUUGACUAAUUCUUACAAAACCUCUGGCUGCCCAUUCUGGGGAGCAUAAAACCUCCACAGAACCUUCCCCAUGCAGAAUAUAUUCGUUUAUUAAUGUUUUGAUAAUAUAUUCUAAUGUUUUGCAAAUUAGAAGCAAACGCUGUCCUAACCCGACUAAAAAUCAUGCAAUUAAAAACAACCUGGUCGUUUAAUUUAAAAGAUCAGGAAUGCCAGUAGGUGAGGAAGCUACCAAGCAAUUGCCCUCCGUGAUCGUCAAUAACUCUACCGAACUGUCCUGACAUGCUGUUACUUAUCUGUUACAUAGGGGUUCUUUGAAAUGCGACAUAUGGAAUUGUGGUAAACUGCUAAAACAGUGCCAGGACGACUAAGGUAAUGGUGGUUAUGACGACGACGAGGGGACGGCGACGAGGAUGAUGAUGAUGAUGAGGAGGAGAACGAUGCUGAUACUGCUGCUGCCUAUGCUGCUGAUGUUGAUGAUGGUGAUGAUGAUGAUGAUGAUGAUGAUGAUGAUGAUGAUGAUGAUGAUGAUGAUGAUGAUGACCACGACGACGACGACGACGGAGAAGAAGAUGCUGCAGAUAAUACCGAUAGCGCUGCAGUUGCCAAAGAUGACGAUGAAAAUUAUGCUGAUUAA